UCUGUCGACGCUCGGGCCGGAAUACGCAGUUGAUUCUCUCGUUAGCGGACAGUGAAGGUUACCUGCUUCAACAGUGCUUGAACGGCAACCUCUCUACUGUCUUCGAACACCACAGGACGGGAAUAUAAUUAUUUCGAUCACUCUGACCAUCAACAAAUCAUUUUUUAAUUACCUAAAAAAAAGCAAGACGCUAGCUAAGUUUUCCUAAAAACAAAUUAGCUUGUAAGCUAACUGUUUUGCUAACAGCGCGAGUCACUCGGAACAGCUUUUCGACCUCCUCACAAGAAGACCUGCCACUCAGAUUAGAACCAUGAGUUCCCAAGUGAGACAGAACUUCCACCAGGACUGCGAGGCUGCAAUCAACAGGCAGAUCAACCUGGAGCUGUACGCCUCAUACGUCUACCUGUCAAUGUCAUAUUACUUCGACCGGGAUGACCAGGCAUUGAACAACUUUGCCAAGUUCUUCCGUAGUCAGUCACAUGAGGAGCGUGAGCACGCUGAGAAGCUUAUGAAACUGCAGAACCAGAGGGGAGGCAGGAUCUUCCUUCAAGAUAUCAGGAAGCCAGAGAGGGAUGAGUGGGGCAGCGGUGUCGAGGCCCUUGAAUGCGCCCUGCAGCUUGAGAAGAGCGUCAACCAGUCACUGCUGGACCUGCACAAGCUCUGCUCUGAUCACAAUGACCCACAUUUGUGUGAUUUCAUCGAGACACACUACCUGGACGAGCAGGUCAAGUCCAUCAAAGAAUUGGCAGACUGGGUGACCAACCUGCGCCGCAUGGGUGCCCCUCAGAAUGGCAUGGCCGAGUACCUGUUUGACAAACAUACUCUGGGCAAAGAAAGCAGCUAAAUCCAUAGAUAAUCCCUCCAUAUCACAUGAGAAAUGCAUUCUAUAUAUGUAUAUUUGUGUCUCGCUUCCACGUUUUUUCAAAACAAGAAGCCAUCUGCAUGCUCCUGGCUAGUCAUUUAAACCUCUUAUAUUACUCAUGUCGUUAUGCGAUUCCUCCUUCUGCUAUCAGCUGUGACCAUGUCAUCACUAUGUAUUUGCUGUUUUAUGCCAGAAGCUGUUAAGCAAACCAAAUAAAGCAAACCCUCUGGAUUCUGA